AUGUCCUCUACCGGUCGAAUCUUCGGCUUAGUUCAUCUCCUAGGGAAGCUAAAGGCUCCCGCACGGGCGGCUCUACGGAAGGACUUCCCGUAUUUCAAAGAUCAGGAACUGACCUAUCUGGAUUCGGCUGCGACCUCGCAGAAGCCGCAGGUAGUACUGGACGCGAUGGAUCAAUUCUACACCGAGACGAAUUCGAAUGUUCAUCGCUCCGCUCACUUGGCCGCUGAACGGGCCACGGAGGCUCUUGAGCAAUCCCGAGAGACGAUGGCGAAGUUUAUAGGAGCGAAGGGAAUUCGAGGGCUAGUCAUAACAUCGGGGGCGACUGAUGGCCUCAAUAGGUUGGCGGGCAUGGCAUCGAGGAAUGGUCUUCUGGAUGAUGGGAAGGUUUUAGUGACAGAGAUGGAUCAUCAUAGUAAUAUUUUACCAUGGAGCACUGCUUGCCCGAGGACAGAAAUGGUGAGGGUCGAUCGUGAGUCGGCUGAGAUCGACAUGGAGGAUCUUGCUAGUAAGCUCGACGACCACGUAAGGGUGGUAUCCUUCGUCCAUGUGAGUCACGUCACUGGACAUGAAGUUGACGUUGACGCGAUUCGGAAGCUGGUUCGAAGUAGGGCACCGAAGGCAUUGAUAGUGUUGGACUGCACACAGAGUGUCCCUCAUCAAGAAAUCAAUGUCGGGGAGCUGGGGGUUGACGCUAUUGUCUUCUCUGGUCAUAAGAUGUACGGCCCUACCGGUGUUGGGGUCCUGUGGUUAUCUGACCGAGCGCUGAAGAUGCUGCCUUUACCAGCUACCAAUGGGGGAGGGGCUCUCGAAGAUAUUGACAGCGACCUCAACAUUAGGUACACCAACGCUCCAUGGCGGUAUGAACCGGGUACGCCGCCUUUAGCAGAGGCAGUAGGGAUGGCGACAGCCGCUCGUUAUGUCAUGGACCAUCGAGAGGAGAUCAAACAGCAUGAAGAAGAGCUGUUGUCGAUCACACUCGAUGAGGUGUCGAAGAUUCCUUGUAGGACUUUGGGAGGUUUGAAGGCUAAUCGAGGAGCCCCUAUAGUGUCAAUGACCUUCGAUGAUGUUUUCCCCAACGACGUGGGUACGAUCGCUAGUGGGCUGCAAGGCGUCUGCCUUCGCGCUGGGCAUCACUGUGCGAUACCACUGCAUCGAGCUCUGGGGGAACAAGGCAGUCUUAGGCUUUCCAUUGGGCCGUAUAAUACCGAGGAUGAUGUUAAGAAAGGUGUUAAUGCCAUCAGCGAAGCUCUAGAUCUCAUUGCCGAUAAUACUAAGUGA